ACGCCAGCGUUGGGCGGAAGUGACCUCUCGCCGUCCACAUGUGCAUCGGGUGCGCGUCCGAUGCUCCCCGUCCCGCGGGGAGAGUUUGGGGUUCACGGUGAUCGGAGUUCAGGUUGGAGGGCCCUUUCGACGCUCGGCUUCACCCCGGGGUCGGCAGCCCACAGCGGUGUGUCUCGCAAUUCCCGCAGCAACUCUCGGUGCCGAAAAUCCGAUGCUCCCGGUACCGGAUGAUGUGGAGGCUUUGCAAACAGCUUCAGAAGAGGUUUACUAGGAUGCUGUCUGGAUUAGAGAAGAGCUUUAAGAGGAGUCAGACCAUCAGAGGAAAAAUGGUUAACCAAGCUGCUGGCAGACUUUGUUACACAAACAAGAUGAUUCUGGCCCCCAUGGUGCGUGUGGGCACGUUACCCAUGAGAUUACUGGCACUCGACUAUGGAGCAGAUAUCGUCUACUGUGAGGAAUUGAUUGAUUUGAAAAUGAUUCAGUGUAGGAGAGUUGUCAAUGAGGCCCUGGAAACAAUAGAUUAUGUUGCAGCAGAUGACAGAGUUGUUUUUCGGACCUGUGAAAGAGAAAAGAAUCACGUUGUCUUCCAAAUGGGAACAGCUGAUGCUCAGAGAGCACUGACAGUCGCACAGCUUGUGGAAAAUGAUGUAGCUGGUAUUGAUGUAAAUAUGGGCUGUCCCAAAGAGUAUUCAACCAAGGGUGGCAUGGGAGUGGCACUGUUAUCCAAUCCCGACAAAAUUGAAGCUAUCCUUUCCACUUUAGUUAAAGGAAUCUCAAAGCCAGUGACAUGCAAGAUCCGUAUUUUACCAUCUCUAGAAGACACCAUUAACCUUGUAAAACGUAUUGAAAGGACAGGAGUUGCAGCAGUGGCAGUCCAUGGAAGAAGGAAAGAGGAAAGGCCACAGCAUCCUGUUCACUGUGACGUAAUUAAAGCACUCUCCGAAGCUGUGUCGAUCCCAGUAAUAGCAAAUGGAGGAUCUCAGGAGAUUAUCAAAGAUUAUGAAGGCAUUGAGGCAUUCCGCUGGGCAACAAACGCCUCUUCAGUGAUGAUAGCCCGGGCAGCCAUGUGGAAUCCCUCCAUAUUCAGGAAGGAAGGACUGUUACCAGCAGAAAAUGUGUUAAAGGAAUACCUAACCUACGCAAUUAGAUAUGACAGCCAUUACUCAAAUACUAAAUACUGUCUUUGUCAAAUGUUGAGAGAUAAGUUAGAAUCAGCUCAAGGAAAAAAGUUGCAUGCAGCACAGUCAAAUGAAGAGAUUUGUGAGGCUUUUGAAAUGAUUGACUAUUACAAAGAAGUUAUGGCUGACUUGGAGACAAAGAGGAAUCAGCUGAAAUCAAGAGAUCAAGGGAAAUCGGAACAUCCUGAGGAUAAGGAAUACACUGAUACCAUACAAAUGGCUGUCAGGUUCAACAAACGUGAGUACCCACCACAAAUCACACCCAAGAUGAUAUUACUUGAAUGGUGUCGAAAACAGAAGUUUCCCCAACCAGUGUAUGAGACAGUGCAAAGACCUUCAGAUAGAUUAUUUAAUUCAGUCGUGACAGUGGCAGACCAAAAGUAUAGAUCCUCCUGUUGGGAUAAAACCAAGAAGGUAGUGGAGCAGUCCGCGGCUAUUGUGUGCCUACGAUCUCUUGGGAUCUCUGAAGGAAAACUGUGUGAGGGGGAAAACCCACUCAAAAACAAACGAAAAAGAGAUGAAGUAGAAGUUGCCAAUUGCAUAGAAAUGACUGACACUUCCUCCCUUGACACCAAUAAAAGAAGCAGCCCCUUGCUGAUGAAAGUAUAACGGACAUUCCAGCUGUACUGGAUAAGAUGGAAUUCUCUGAAGUGGAAUGGCAAUUAAAAAGUUGUUUUAUGCAUUAAUAAAAUAACUUGUAAGUUGUACAUAUAUUUAUAUUUAUAUACAUUAAAGGGUGCGUAUUAUAUAAAUAUAUACAUGUUUAACCAGCCAGUGCUCCUGCCUUGAUCUUUCUUGUGGUCAUUCUCCAUGAACUAACUCCACAGUUGCUGAAAUGUUAUUUUAGUAUGGUGGCCACAUGCCUCGAAAGCAACGGGGACUCUGGUGUGUUAGAGGAGCUUUUUGCAAGGGCUAAAGUGUUUGUUUUCUUUCCCACUUGAUUAUGCCUUACACAAAUACCUGCAUAGUGUUUCCAAACCACUAACCCUGCCAGGGUGCAUGGUUUAAUUGGCAUUGGUUCUGCCUAGACCAGUCAUUCAAUGGCUUCACUUAUGACCUGGAAAUAUUUAUUUAACAUUUAAUUUUACCAUUAGCUGAAUUAUCAAUAACACUUCUUAUGUAAAUCACUGUGUCCGCUCUCUACAGUAUAUUUUCUUUAUAUCUAUUUCAGUAACCUCUUCGCUAUAUUUCUGUAUAAAUAAAAAGUGAGCCUACCAAAAAAGUAUAGAAUCAAACCUUUUCCUGAGAGUGUUUUGCAUAUUUCUGUUCUAGCAAUAUCCCAGUGUGUCAAAUCCCAGGUAUAUUUUAUUUGGCUUUUCCAUCUCAUUGAUUUUUUUCACUUCUAAUUCUACCUUUUCUUCACUUUGUUUAUAUUUUUUUAAUAUAUUUUUAUUUGUUUUUUCUUCCUUUGACACACAUAUGCUCUCAUCUUCCUUCUCUCUUGUAAAACCUAGUAUAUACAUCUCUAUAAAACCACUGUGCAUUUUGAAUAAUUCCAUUAAUCUCAUGGCAUGGAUUUGCCACAUUUAAUUCAGACUCCCAUCUGCAGUGAGAGAGUUACUUCAUCCAGUUGUUUAUUUAUUAUUUAGGUACUUGCUAUAAAUUGAACAAAGUGCAUUUGUUCAGUUCGUAGCAAAUGUGCGAUGCCCUGUUGGAAUUUCAGCAGUUGGUGUCCGUAAAUGAACUGGAGGUCCUUUUUGUAGUUUUUUUAAAGUGGGACUCCAGUGCUGUCUGUGAGCCAAUGCUGAAACUAGAGGUCAGCUUCUAAGUUUUAAGUUUAGAACUUAACAGGGCAUUUGGUAUAAGAAUAACAGUAAAGUUACUGUGUCCUCUCCUUCACUGAGGUAGUACAUUUCAUGUGGAAUCCAUGAGCUUAUUAUCUACCCCUGAAGGAACUGUGGCUCAGUGAUAUUGUCAGAAUAGGUCUCCAACUGUAAAACCUGUGAGCCGGAGCUCCCCACCAUCAUCUCAGGAGUUCUGAAUUUGGAAUUGGGGGAGAAAACCAGCUUUUCAUAUUUAAGGUUUGCUGCGAGCAUCGUAUCUGUAAACCGGCUGGUUUGUGAGUGCUUUUGAGUUUGUGCUCACGUUGAAGGGUCAAUUCCAACAGCUGAACUCAGCAGAAAUCGGAUGAAUACAGCUUCACUUUAGGUUCAGCAGUCCAGUACCUUGACAAAUAUUAUAAUUUUCCCAUACACUUGAGUGACUGAAGAAAUCUGUACUACAAGCUCAUUUUGGAUGCAGAGAUACCAAAGAAACACUGUGCCAAUCUUUCAAACCCCACAAAGAUACUGCUAGCCAUUACCUCAACCUCUCCCAACUCAAGCCCUAAGUUGCAAACUCAUCUCAUGACCCUGAACCUCCAUUCUUAUACAAAUGGAGAAGAAGGAUGCUUGCAUGAGAAUGCUGUUCUUGGACUACAGUUCAGCAUUCAACACUAUAAUUCCCUACAGGCUCGACAAGAAGUUCAGAGACCUUGGUUUUCACCCUGCCUUGUGCAGCUGGAUCUGGACUUCCUGUCAGAUCACUGGCAGGUGGUAAGAGUGGGAUCCCUCACCUCCACCCCUCUGACCGUUAACACGGGAGCUGUGUAAUAAGCCCCCUCCUUUACUCCCUGUUUGCCCAUGACCCACAGUUCCAAUCUGCUAAUUAAGUUUGCUGACAACACUACACUGAUCGGCCUAAUCUCAAAUAAUAAUGAGACAGCCUACAGAGAGAAAAUCAUCACCCUGACACAGUGGUGUCAAGAAAACAACUCCCUCAAUGUCACAAAAACAAAGGAGCUGGUUGUGGACUACAGGAGGAAUGGAGACAGGCUAGACCCUGUUGACAUCAACGGAUCUGGGGCUGAGAGGGUGAACAGCUUUAAGUUCCUCGGCAUCCACAUCAUCGAGGACCUCACGUGGUCUGUACACACUGGCUGUGUGGUGAAAAAGGCACUACAGCACCUCUUUCACAUUAGACAGUUGAUGAAGUUUAGUGUAGGCCCCCAAAUCCUAAGAACUUUCUAUAGGGAGAAAAUUGAGAGCAUCCUGACUGGCUGCAUCACUGCCUGGUAUGGGAACUGUACUUCCCUCAAUCACAGGACUCUGCAGAGAGUGGUGCAGAAAGCCCAGCGCAUCUGUGGAUGUGAACUCCCCACUAUUCAGAAUAUUUACAAAGACAGGUGUGUCAAAAGGGCCCGAAGGAUCAUUGGGGUCCCGGGACACCACAACCACAAACUGUUCCAGCUGCUAUCAUCUGGGAAAUGGUGCCACAACUGUAUCUCUAUGUUAUAUUGACUAUCCUGUUGUACAUACAUAAGUUCUUACUUAAGUAAGAAAGUAAAUUCAAUUCAACCUGCAAGCUAACUUGAAUGACCAAUGUAAUAUUCAUAUAAAUCAAAUCAAAGCUGACAAAGUUCAGAAUUUAAAUCGCGUUAAUUAAGUGAAGCCCCAUUACUUGUUUCUUGGUCUGAACCUUGUUAAUGCUAUUUCCAUCAGGAAUUUGUCUGUUUUGAGAACUUUCUGUUGUGAACUCGGUCUUUUAAUCAUAAUGUUUUCACAGCAAUAUCAGGGGCAAUCCAUAGUCUUGUUCUGCAGCAAACUGUCAGUCGUACUUUGCACAGGCCGUAAAGGCUUCUAAGGAGCCUGCGAAAAUCCUCAGAGCACAUGAUCAUCUCCACUUGCAGGCGCCAAUCAUUAACACCAAUAUGAGCCUAACCCAUAAAGAACACCUGUAGAUCACUAGGAACCCCUUAUCAAGAAUAUAGGCAUAGAGGACAAGAAGAUGCAGAAAGCAGUCUGAGGCUGUAUACACGGCCAGGAUCUGGUGGAGCUGAUUGGAGCAAAAGAUUAAGCCUGUUCUUGGGAGUCGCCCUCAGGCAGAAAGGGGCAUACAGUGAUAGAGGUGAUGGAGAUAGGACCAAACUUAAACAAUCAGAUUAAUUGGGGAAAGAGAUGUUGUGCACGUGUAAUAUGCAUCGUGCAAAUUCACCUCAAAGUCGUCCAAACCAAACAAGGUUCUAGGUUACCUGCAGCAUCACAUCAUGGUCCUCACAAUUUCACCUUCCACUGUGUGCCCAGUAAUGGAGUUGCCUUGUCAUGAAUCUCUCAGAUCUGGGCUGUGCAGUGCAUUGUGUUAAAAUGAAUGCCCUGUUUUAAAGGUGCGUCUUUACACUACACAGAUCUUAAGAUUUUCAUAUUUUUUUAAAUGUUGCAUGAGACGUUACUACCUGUUUACAAAAGCUAAUCUUGAUAAAAGAUGAUAUGUUUAUAAUCUAAAACCUUAUACAUUUUAUGGUUGUCAGUAUUAUGUUUAUUUUUAUAUAUUACAAAAUCUACUUGGAUUUUAAAAGUGAAUGUUUAGCGAAACCAGGAAGAAUGUGCUGGCUUUAUUAAAUGUUGAAAAGUGAUUCAACUUUCCUUUUUAUUUAGGGUGCACUUUCACCUCUGCACUCCUUUAAAAGAUCUUUAAGGUUGCCUGGCUACUUCGAUUCUCAGAUUUUGUUUUUGUUGGCCCUCUUAAACCUAAGAAAUUACUUUCUAAUGGUCUUACAAGAGCCACUUAAUAUUUGUACUUUAUCCAUUAGCUCCAUGUUCCUUCCAAAAUGCUAAUAAAAUUGGAACAUUUAUUUGA